AUGUUUGUUAUUCCACUGAUAUUGUUGGAAUUGGGAACAAUAUUCUGUGCAGGAAGGGGCAGAGGUGCCAAUAGAGGUGCUGCUAAUCAAGCAACACGAAAGAGUAGAAGAGUAAGUGCUAGACAUCAAACUGGUGCUGAAAGUGGAGAAUCAGAAAGUGCAUCAGUAGAAGCAGCACCACCAGCAGCACCAGUAGUAGAAGAAGAAGAAGCAGCAGCAGCAGCAAUACCAGUACCAGUACCAGUAGAAGGAACACCUACACCAGCCCCAGAAGUAGUUGCAGUAAUAGGAUCAGUCACUUCACCAGUUCAAACAUCAGCUAGUAUGCCAGGACGAAUUACGAGAUCAGUGGCUGGUGGAGAAGAGGAAGAAGAAGUACAGAAAUCAGGUGAAGUACAGAAAUCAGGAAGUGCUGAAGUGGAAUCAGCUGAAGAUGGAACAAGAAAAUCACUUGAAGAAACAGAAGAAGGAGCAGUAAAAAAAGAUGAAGAGGAAGAGGAAGAUGAAGGAUUGUUGGGAUCAGAUGAAACAGGAGAUCAGCUUCAAGCAUCUGAAUUAGUAGAUUUGAGUGGAGUUGAACCUGGAUCAGGUAGAUAUUCUCCUAUUGCUAAAUCUGCAUCACCUGAUGCAGCCGAACAAAGUCAGGAUGAAGAUGAAGAUGGUGAAGAUGUUGUUAAGCAGACAGGAGGAAUAAAGAAAGCGGUGGUUGCAGAGGAUGAAGAUGAAGAAGAAGAUUUGUCACUAUCACCUCUAGCUGCCAGUACACCAUUAAUGACUGGGAAGACAAAAGGAAAAAGGAGAUUGGUGCUACAAGUUGAAGAAGUACAUGAAGAUGGUGAAGCUCAUUCAUCGCCAGUUAGUAUUAAAAAAGGUAGGGGUGGAAAAAAGAAAUCAAAGAAAACGGGAUAUAAGCCAAAAAAAGAUUCAGACAAAGAAGAAGGUGCACCUGCUACACCAAGAAGAAGCAUUAGAAAAAGAAGGUCACCAAAACCAGCGAAAGUGUCAGAUCUGAAAGCAUAUACCUCAUUAUCUGAAGAAGUAGAGAAAUCCAAGUCAUCAGAAUCAACAGAAAAGGUAUCAACACCGCAAGCAUCAGAAUUAACAGAAGAAGAAGAAAAAUCUGAACCAGCACAUGCAUCUGGUGAAUCGCUAAAACCAGCACAUGGAAAACCAGAAGGCGACCCUCUCGAACUGGAAAUGCUAAGAUACGGUAGUGAUGUACUCGUAUUUCCAUCAUUGUUAUUUGUCAAGGAAAAGAGUGUGACUAGGAUGUCAUUUGAAGUACUCGAUGAGAGUGAGAACGUAAAAAGCAAAAUUAUGAUAUUCAACAGGGCUAAAACUAAUACGGAAUCACACAUUAAUAACUACUACAGUCUGCCAUUCGAUUGGUGCAAAAAGGUAACAGAGGUUCCUGAUAGUGUGNAACCAGCACAUGCAUCUGGUGAAUCGCUAAAACCAGCACAUGGAAAACCAGAAGGCGACCCUCUCGAACUGGAAAUGCUAAGAUACGGUAGUGAUGUACUCGUAUUUCCAUCAUUGUUAUUUGUCAAGGAAAAGAGUGUGACUAGGAUGUCAUUUGAAGUACUCGAUGAGAGUGAGAACGUAAAAAGCAAAAUUAUGAUAUUCAACAGGGCUAAAACUAAUACGGAAUCACACAUUAAUAACUACUACAGUCUGCCAUUCGAUUGGUGCAAAAAGGUAACAGAGGUUCCUGAUAGUGUGUCAGCGUAUUUGGAAGGUGAUGGAUUUGAUGAAGAGAUGCACAAAGCAGCAAUUGAUACGUUGGAAGAAAAUAAGGGUAAAUUUAUCACAAGGGUACCAAAAUACCUGUGGCUUGGAAUGGUAAAGGGAAUUGGAUCACAGAAGGCAGAGACAGAGGCAACACCAGAGCAGAAGAAGUUGCGCGUGAAUGAGGUAAUUCGUGAGCUACCUCUUUACAUGAGACUGGAGCCACUAAAGGAUACGUUGGAAGGUGAUAUGGCUUUUACUGGACGAAUUAUUGUGGUAGUGAAAAGUAAGAAAAUGUGUACGAAAAUAGUACACUUUGAUAAGGUUGGUGAUGUGAUUACAGUAGAAAGCACGCUGGAUGAAUACAAGUACAAAGUGACUGGGCGACCUAUUACAGAGCCAAAGACUCCUAUUGAACCACUAAAGCCAAAAACUGAGCCAGAAGCAAAGCCAAAAGACGAGGACAAGUCAAAGGAUUCCAAGAAGAAGCCAUGGAUCAUUGCGGCCUUCGUGGUGCUGACUCUCGUAGUGUUGGUUGGUGUUGGAAUAGCUUUGGUGCUAUUGAAGAAGAACAAGACAAAUUCGCUGAAAUAA